GGCGGGGCGACUCGCCUUCCCUUCGGGUCACGCGCGUCAGGAAGUCGCUCCCUCAGCGGAGUAAUCGAAAAUGGGGACCUCCCUGGACAUUAAGAUUAAGAGAGCGAACAAGGUUUAUCACGCCGGGGAAGUGCUCUCGGGCGUGGUGGUCAUAUCUGGGAAGGACUCAAUCCAGCACCAGGGAGUGUCCUUGACAGUGGAAGGGAGCGUGAACCUCCAGCUCAGUGCCAAGAGCGUGGGAGUGUUCGAGGCUUUCUAUAAUUCCGUUAAGCCCAUCCAGAUUAUCAACAGCACCAUCGAAAUGGUGAAGCCAGGGAAAUUUCCCAGCGGCAAAACAGAAAUUCCUUUUGAAUUUCCUCUGCACGUGAAGGGCAACAAAGUUCUGUAUGAGACUUACCACGGCGUGUUUGUCAACAUUCAGUACACCCUGCGCUGUGACAUGCGGCGGUCUCUGCUGGCCAAGGACCUGACCAAGACCUGCGAAUUCAUCGUUCACUCCGCUCCUCAGAAGGGGAAGUUGACCCCGAGUCCCGUGGACUUCACCAUUACACCUGAAACCCUGCAGAACGUCAAAGAGAGAGCCUUGCUCCCCAAAUUUCUCAUCAGAGGGCACCUCAACUCCACCAACUGUGUCAUCACGCAGCCGCUGACCGGGGAGCUGGUGGUCGAGAGCUCGGAGGCCGCCAUCAAGAGCAUAGAGCUGCAGCUGGUCCGCGUGGAGACCUGCGGGUGUGCAGAAGGCUACGCCCGCGACGCCACGGAGAUUCAGAACAUCCAGAUCGCCGACGGGGAUGUGUGUCGGAGCCUCUCCGUGCCCAUCCACAUGGUGUUCCCCCGGCUCUUCACCUGCCCCACGCUGGAGACCACCAACUUCAAAGUGGAAUUUGAGGUCAACAUCGUCGUCCUGCUUCACGCGGAUCACCUCAUCACGGAGAACUUUCCACUGAAGCUCUGCAGGGUGUAGCCCGGGAGCAGGCAGUGUGGACGGCCAGCGAGGCCGAGCGGACAUGCCGUGGGUAGCCGGUGCUCACGGGAGCUGAAGCCAGCAGCAUAGGCUUAUUUUCGAGGUGAUUCUGUAUCAGAAAUGAAUCCGACCCCUCAGUACAAUCACUGUUGUUCCUCAUCUCCCUGAGGCUUCCGCUUCCGGUGGGGCGCGUCUCAUCAGACCUGGUCCGGACAGUGCAUCAGGACCUCCCGACUGGGGGUGGCGAGAUCGGUUCGCAGAAAGCACGAUUUCCUCGGUCUCCCGGCUCACCGGGCCUGUUCAGGAGCAGUGAAACUGCGACCGCGGCAGCACUUGGCUGGGAAGUGAGGGUCUGGGGGCAAAGGGAACCCUCCCCACCGGCCCAGUGGGUGUCGCUAAGAGCCCUGGCAGAAAGCGGCUGCGCGGGGGACAAUGACAAGCCGACAGUUGUCUAUGACAUCUGUAGGCACCGUCCAAGCAGGGCUGCCGGGCGGCGUCCACUGGAACCGUGUGGCGUUUUCCACUCUGUUCUGUAGUUCUUCUAUCACGGUUUUCGUGAUGACUCCAGGACAUUGAGGGAACUGAUACAGAGCGUUCCUGGCUGUCACAGGAGGACCUGUUGCUGGUGGGUGGGUUCUGAGUGGCGUGGCCUGCCCCCCGAGGUGAAGCCACUGGGGCUCACAGUGGGCGGAGAGCCUGUUGCAGCGGGUGUCCUCCGUCUGAUCCGGUUGGUCCACGGUGGCCGCGGCCUCAGGAAUAAGCUGUGAGCUUUGCACGCCACCCGGCCUUCCCCGACAGUCCCUCCCCCUGGGCAGCCCUGAGCAGGGUGGCCGGGCCGAUGUCCCUCCCGCACCCCCACGCCCGGCCGUGCUGCCAUCGCCCUGGGACCGCAUCUGGUGACAUGUGACGCGGAGGGCAAACAGACCUGACUCAGGCCCUGCUUUGUCCCGGGGCUUCACCAGCGAAACCGAUACAACUUACUCACCGGGUCAUUUCUAGUCUGGCUCCCGGAGAAUACGUUCCUGGUCUAGAAAUCUCCUUUUAUGCUCCCCGGACGUCAGCAGUGACCUGUCUGUGAUGAUGUGUUCAGAGUAUCGGGAAACAGAGAGGCCUUACUCUCUGGGACGUUUCAAAGAUAGAAAUCAGUUUUAAUGAUUAAAAAAAAAAAAGCUAAAUAAGAA